AGAAGUUUUGGGUUGCUUUGUUAUGUCUAAUGUGAGAUUAUUAGGCAAAUAAAAAGGGUGUGUGUGACAAAGCUUUGGGUUUAACCAAUUGUGCAGUAUUGGUGAAUCAUACGACUUAGUCAGGCUGUUGUAUCCUGGGGGACAAGUCAAGGCUUUUUCUGCCUCACCGGUGUGAGGCUUUGCCUAACCGCAGAGAGCUUGAAUCUCCUUAAAGAGAAGAUGGGGUACGGCAACGAUGGAGGAGGAGAGGGAAUCAAGAGGAGAGGUUGCUCAUUCUCAAAAGGCGAUUUUCUCCCCGAAGAAUCGUUCCAAAGUUGGGCCAACUACGGGAAGGCUCUGAAGCAAACUCCGGCGAGGCUGAUGGACCGAGUCUUGACUCGGUCACUCGAUUCGGCCGAGUUGGAAGUGAAGGCUCGGAGCAAUAACGAGAUGAAGAGGACUCUUACUUGGUGGGACCUCAUGUGGUUCGGCAUGGGUGCUGUGAUCGGCGCCGGAAUCUUCGUCCUCACUGGACUUGAGGCAAAAACCGUGGCCGGACCAGCCGUCGUCUUGUCCUACGUGGUCUCCGGCGUCUCCGCCUUGCUUUCUGUUUUCUGUUACACUGAGUUCGCCGUGGAGAUCCCUGUUGCAGGUGGUUCAUUCGCCUACUUAAGAGUAGAACUCGGCGACUUCGUAGCCUUCAUUGCAGCCGGUAACAUCCUCCUCGAAUACGUGGUCAGUGGCGCCGCCGUAGCGCGUUCAUGGACCUCAUACUUCGCCACCCUCUGCAAUCAAAAACCCGAAAACUUCCGCAUCCACGCCAACGGCCUCGCCAACGGCUACAACGAGCUCGACCCCAUCGCCAUUGGCGUCCUCAUCGCCAUCUGCAUCAUCGCUGUCGUCAGCACCAAAGCCACUUCUCGCCUCAACUCCGUUGCUUCCGUCGUCCACAUCAUUAUCAUUGUCUUCAUCAUCAUUGCCGGUCUCAUCAAAGCUAAUACGAAGAAUUAUGUUGAUUUUGCGCCUUACGGUCCUCGCGGGGUGUUUCAGGCUUCGGCCGUGUUGUUUUUUGCUUAUGUUGGGUUUGAUGCUGUGUCGACGAUGGCGGAGGAGACGAAGAACCCGGCGAGGGAUAUUCCAAUUGGGCUUGUGGGAUCGAUGGUGAUUACUACAACUGUGUAUUGCUUGUUGGCUAUUACUCUUUGCCUUAUGCAACCGUAUGCGUCGAUUAAUGCUGAUGCUCCGUUUUCCGUGGCGUUCCAAGCUGUUGGGUGGGAUUGGGCUAAAUAUAUCGUUGCUGCCGGUGCACUCAAAGGUAUGACAUCAGUGUUGCUGGUUGGAGCUGUGGGUCAAGCUCGCUAUCUGACCCACAUAGCCCGAACCCACAUGAUGCCACCAUGGUUUGCCCUAGUGGAUGCCAAAACCGGCACACCCGUAAACGCCACAGUAUGCAUGCUGGCUGCCACCGCAGUCAUCGCCUUCUUCACCGACCUUGGCAUCCUCUCAAACCUCCUCUCAAUCUCCACCCUCUUCAUCUUCAUGCUAGUCGCCCUCGCCCUCCUCGUCCGCCGCUACUACGUGGCCGGUGUCACCACCCCAGCUGAUCGCAUCAAGCUCAUCAUCUGCCUCCUCCUCAUCCUCGCCUCUUCCAUCGCCACUUCAGUUUACUGGGCACUCUCCCAAAAGGGUUGGAUUGGGUACUGCAUUACAGCUCCCAUUUGGGUUUUGGGUACAAUUGGGCUCAGGGUUUUUGUUCCCAUGGCAAGGCAAGCCAAGCUUUGGGGAGUCCCAUUGGUACCAUGGUUGCCUUCUGCAUCGAUCGCGAUCAAUAUAUUUCUCCUUGGGUCGAUUGACAAGGACUCGUUUAUCAGGUUUGCGAUCUGGACUGUUUUUUUGUUGGCGUAUUAUUUCUUGUUUGGAUUGCAUGCUUCGUAUGAUACGGCGAAGAAGUAUGAAGGGGGGGAUUGGAGGAAGGUUGAGGAGGGGAACAAGGAUGGUGGUGCUGUGGAUAAUCAAAGUUCUGAAGCAGUUCGUCCUGUUAGUAGCUUAGAAAUGGUAGAAUAGUUUGUUUGGGAGUUUGAUGUGUUGAAUGUUAUGUGCAAAGCAAAAGUGUUUUCUUUGUUUUAAUCAUUUUAUGUUUUAUAUUUUAUAUUUUCUGAAUGUAUCUAGUUUUUACAUACAUGGUGGGAAAGUUUAGUUCCAUUAAUAAUUGAAAGAGUUUCAAUCGUUUGGGGUUUGUUUUCUCAA